UCAUUUUUGUUUGAGAGAAAAAAUAAUAAUAAUAAGAAUAAUAAUAAUACUUGAGAAAAGAAAAAUAGAGGAAUUAUUAUUUUUUUUCCUCACAUUUUUCUCAUCAAUCAGUUUCAGGAGACUAGAGAGAGAGAGAGAGUGAAGAGGAGAGAGAAAGAUGCAGAGAGAGAUAUGUAGGGCUAAGGUUGCGGUCAGAGUUAGGGUUUCACUCCAUGGAAUCUCCUAAAACUGAUAAGAUCAUCACCUCCGCUGUUACUACUCCUUCAAAUUCUCCUCAAGUUCAAGAGUCCCCCUUUUCUAGCUAUGUAAGCAAUCUAUCACCAAUCAAGUCUGUCAAGGCUGCACAUGUAGCACAAGGGUUUCCUGGACUUUCUUCUCCUCCUCUUGUGUUCACAUCACCCCGUAUAAAUGUGCAACGUGAAGCAAGCUUUCUAAAGAGGUCUCAGUACCCCCAAUUAUCUAGUGCAGAAGCAACUCAGAAUGAUAACAGGGACAAGAAAUCUACUGAUGGUCUAGUCUAUUCUGAGGAAUCUAGUAGCAUAUUGCAAAGGGGAUUGAUAACUGACUCCAAGAAGGAUUUUGAUGCUAAGGAUUCUUUGCAAAGUGAGCCCCAUAGUUCCUCAGGAUGUAUUGAUGAGUAUUUGGCUGACCCUGGGGAGGUGGAUUGCUUGAAUUCUACUUAUUCAGUCUCUCCAUGUUUGAAACAAAUUGAUGAUACAUCUAAACCAUCAAAUGACUUAAAGGAAACCAUAUUGACAUGUGAUAACAAGUCUGGACUUAGGGCAGAUGCAUCAACAGUAGUGGAGGAACAUCUCGGUUUGUUGGAGGAAGCUAAGAAGGACAUUCAAGGAAAGCCAACUUCUGAUGCUAGGCCAAACAUAGUUGACGAGGAGGAAAAUGAUGGGACAUCUAGUGAAUGCGCAAAUAUCAAAUCUAGUUUGCAUGUAGAUCAUGCUAUUGAUAAGCAAGAUUGUCAACAUUCACAGGUCAAGGAUAGAGGAUGCAGCCAUCAAGAUGAUUGUAAUUGUACUUCUCAGCCUUUACCUGAGUCUCUGCAGAGUGUCGAGGCAUACGAAGAUUUUGGUGAAAAUGAAAAUGCUGGUGUCUCGAAUGGACUAGUUGAGAAUAUGUUGUUUCAUGGUCCUAAGGCCAAUCAAAACCAACGUGGUAUACGUAGACGUUGCCUUCAGUUCGGAGAGGCCUCUUUGUAUACUACUGGAGGCAGCAACAGUUAUCCGGAGGCAGCAAGUGACACUAGUUCAAGAUUAGCUGCCACCAAUGCAGAGAUUGAGAAUGCUGAACCGUGUCGUGCAGACCUAAAAGCAACUUCUGGAAAAAGAAAGCUGGUUAAAUUGACUGAUUGCAUUGCUCCCUCAUUGCCUCCUCCAUAUUGUGGAAACUCUUCAACAUUUUGCAAGCCAUCAGGUAUUGGUUUGCAUCUAAAUAGCAUUGUCAAUGCUGCAUCAAUGGGUCACGCUUCAACUGCAAGUAUAAAAUUAGAAGAUCUUUAUAUGGGUGUCCAAGGAAAGAAACCCACAUCUGUGAGUAGUCAAGUGAUAGAGAAAACAAAAAGCUUCUCAUCGUCAUUAAGCAAUGUUGAAAAAAACUCAGCUGGUGAUGAGGAAGGGUGGUUUGAAACUAAGGCUUUCACAGCUGCAAGUUCUGCAACUACCGUGUCACCCAACAAUCUUGAAUUUGAAUAUCAAGUGGUUCAGGAUGAGAUAGAGAAACCCAACUUUCAAAAGGCUGAUAGUUUUGAAGAGUAUGACCAACCAAGCCCCACAAAGAAAAGGAAGAAAACAAGUGCUACAGAAAGUGAUGGUUGCAAGCGUUGCAACUGUAAGAAGACCAAAUGCUUGAAACUCUAUUGCGAUUGUUUUGCUGCCGGAAUCUACUGUGCUGAACCUUGUGCUUGCCAAGGAUGCUUUAACAGACCUGAAUAUGAGGAUACAGUUCUUGAGACAAGGCAACAAAUUGAAUCCCGCAAUCCACUUGCAUUUGCUCCCAAGAUUGUACAGCGUGUCACUGAAUUUCCACCUAAUAAUGCGGAAGAUGGUAGUCGGAUGACUCCAUCCUCAGCAAGACACAAAAGGGGUUGUAAUUGUAAAAAGUCGAUGUGCCUGAAAAAGUAUUGCGAAUGCUAUCAGGCUAAUGUUGGGUGCUCAACUGGUUGUCGUUGUGAUGGAUGUAAAAAUGUCUACGGCAGGAAGGAAGAAUAUAUUGCUGUGGAACAUGGGUUGGCUAAGGAAAUGGUGAGCAAUGCGGCUAGCAAGAAAAAUUUGGAAGAUGCAUUUGAUGGGAAGUUGGAAAUGGUGCCAAUCAAGAGAAAUCCUAUACAUGCAGAGUUGCAUGAUGUGCAUGACCUCACGCCACUAACACCAACAUUUCAAUACUCAGACCAUGGAAAGAAUGUACCAAAAUCUCGGUUUCUCUCUAAAAGAUCACCUGAAUCUGAUCUCUUCAUCUUAUCCUCUUAUGAAAAAUCUUCACGAUCUUCUACAAGAAAUUUGGAGGACAAUGACAUUCUUUCAGGAAGAGAUAAAGAUUUAUUAAAUCUUGAUUCUUGUGACUGGCAAGCGGAUUAUAACAUUGGAACAAUGGAUCCAAAUACACCAAGAUGCGAUACAGGCCCCAGUGUAUGCCAUCUCACUGCACCUUCAGAUACUUCAUCAACAGCCAUGGCUUCAUGCAGAGCAAGGGACUGGACAAAUGUUUCAAAAGUUCAACGGUGCCCUGGAAGUGAUAGCCUUUCAUCUGGCAGUUCCCUUCGUUGGCGUAAUUCACCCGUUACCCCUGUUACCAGAAUAGUUGGGACCAAGUCUCUCCAGGGGCUUGAAUCUGGUCGUGAAAUUCAUGACAUUUUGCAAGAUGACACACCUGAGAUACUAAAAGACAGUUCAACUCCAAUUAAGUCUGUGAAAGCAAGUUCCCCGAAUAAGAAGCGGGUUUCUCCACCACAUGGUCACAUUCGUGAGCUUGGUUCGAGCUCUUCAGGGGCAUUGAGAAGUGGCCGCAAGUUCAUAUUGAAGGCUGUGCCUUCCUUUCCUCCUCUCACCCCUUGCAUUGAUUCAAAAGGUAGUACCAUUCAAGAAACAAGCAAUCUUCAAGAUAAUAACAGCAACAAAUGAGUAUCCUGGACUUCAAGGUGAGUCCUCAAUAUUUUGCCCUCUUGCCAUUAACAGUAUGGUUCUGAAGUUAAAUAGUUGAUAAUGAUGAUCUUUAUUGGUUUCUAGCUUCAAUAUAAUUCCCACAAUCACUUUGGUGUGGGAUUGUAUUACUUGAGCUCUGACUAUUGAAAACAGUGUUCUUCGGAUUAAAUUGCACCAGGUUUGACUGUUAAGACAUUUUCGGGUAGCUUUAGUCCAUAUGCAUGAUGAUAACAUAAUAAACUGAUUGUGAUAAAUAGGUAUUGAGAGGCCGCAUUUUGUGAAAGAUUAUUGCAGAAAAUGGGAAAGAGAGUAGCAUCAUCUUUUGUAGUUAUCAAUUUUUUUGUCCUCCUUUUUUUUCAUUUUUUCACUUGUAGUAUUUAUUUAAUGUUGAACUGAAAUUUCAAUUAUUCAAUUGAAUUUCAUCAACUAUGGGGAAGGACUAUUGAAGGUUGACACAAUCUUAUAGGACAAAGUUAAAAAUCUUUACAUUCCAUAAUAAAUUUUCUGGAAUGUUCUUCAUUGACUUACCCAAAUUACGGAAUAAUGUGGUUACAUUGCUCUACUGCCUGCUUGAUGGAUAUUUCAUGGAGCUUGCUUGUCAUUAGUUCCUCUGUUAUGCAUGUACCAUGUGCUUUUUAAAAUUCUCCUUGAAAGGUCCUUGGAUUAUUCAGUAUAAAUACAUUUGAACUUGAA